AUGUCAUAUAACAGUUAUAAUAAUUCCCGUAGAAGAAGUUACUACGACGAUAACAGAGGAGACAGCAGAGUCGAUGGCAGAUGGGAGAAGUUAAAAUCCCGUAUAAAGAAUUUAGCUGAGGAUGAUGGAUUUGAAAUAGAAUCAGACUUACCAAGACUAGCUAGAUCUAUACAGCAGCUCUAUUAUAGCUAUCAGGAUGUCAUCCCAGAUACAAUUUACAAGUACCUCACUCAGCAACCUCACAAAACACAACUCUACGCAUCACUUAUUUUACUUCUCAGUAUCUCAUACAACCAAAGCGAUGAGAAUGACGAUAAUAACGAUGAUAACGUCGGUCAAAAAGUCUUGGAUUAUUGCCUCAUAAGCUGGAAAGAGUGCUUGGAAUCAAAGCGCUGGUUAGAACUCAAAAUUGGUACAAAUUUCUUCGCAAGUUUGGUUCCUGCACUUAUUUCACCUGAUUCAUUCUAUGAGACUAUCAACACAUUCAUUAAAGUCAUUGAAGAACCAGGUGUUAGCUCAUUACGCGCAGAGAAAGCUAUUGAAUGCGCAUCUGAAGCUCUCAUGUACGCUAGUAGCUUCUUAACAACUCAAUCAAAAGAAAAGUAUGACAGCUAUGUUAGUAGAAUUGAACAUUACAUUCAGAAUGAAGAUUUAAAUGACGUUCGAUUGGUCCUUUACCCAUGGGUUAACCUCCCAAAAAACAACAGUAGCAAUAAGGUUGAUAAUUGCGUUGAUCCAAUACAAAUUUAUGGAAAAACAUUGCGCUCUUUAGCAGAUUCAGAAUUUAAGGAACCACAAUUACCUUUGUUCGAUAUUGAAGAAGUCUUACCAACUGUAAGAGAAGUUGAUCCAGCAUUACGUACGGAAUUACCUUCAGUGUUGAUUCCUGCUGAUGAUUACAACACUACAAUUUCACCAAAUAGUGAAACUUCUAGAUGGAAAUUACAAAUCUUAGAAGAUGAUUCAAUACCUUCACCUGAAUCCGGUGAUGGUGUUAUUAUAUACUCAUUAUUAAGAGAUAUGAUGACAUUAUACAACAGAAAUAGAAUUGAUUGCGCAAAAAUUUUAACGGAUUUACCUACGUUUAUCUAUGGUAACCUUUUCGAUGGUGAAAAUGGUUAUAAUCUAGAAUCAACCUUGGUUACAACGUUGUUGAGUGAAUUACUCUCUUUACCUGAACCAAAACAUCCAAAGCUUUAUUACUCAAGUUUGAUGACGGAGCUUUGUAAAAGGGAACCAAAGAGAGUCGCACCUGCACUUGGUAGAAGUAUCAGAAAACUCUACACAUUUAUCGGUGAAGGACUCGAUAUAGAAAUUAUUUUCCGCUUAAGUGAAUGGUUUGCAACACAUUUGUCAAACUUUGGUUUCAAUUGGGUUUGGAAAGAGUGGAUACCAGAUUUAGAUUUACCGGAGUCACAUCCAAAGAAGACAUUUAUAAAAAGAAUUAUUGAACUUGAAAUUCGUCUUAGUUACUUUGAUAGAAUUGCUCAAUCUUUACCUGAAGCUAUACUUAAUAAACCAGAGUUGAUUACUGCACCAUCACCAAAUUUCAUAUACGCUAAUGAAGAGAAUCCAUUUAAUGGAAUAGCUAUGAAUAUGAUGGAUGCACUCAAAAAUAGAGCAACAUCUGAUCAAUUAACUGCACAAUUUGAUAAAAUUGAAGAUGAAAUUAAGGUCAAUGCUAGUUUACCACUUAAUGACGUAUCCGCAAAGAAAGUUUCAAGAGAUAUCAUAUCACAAUGUCUUUUGAACGUUGGUUCAAGAUCAUUUUCACAUUUCUUAAACGUCAUUGAGAAGUACAUGGAAAUUUUAAAGAAGUUUUACCAAGAAAAGGAAGAUCGUAUUGAUUUGUUGAGAAGUGUUGAUAGAUUUUGGAUCAAGAAUUCGCAGAUGAAGAAAAUAAUAGUCGAUAAACUACUUCAAUAUAGGUUGCUAGAUCCAACUGAUGUAAUUAACUGGUUGUUCAAGCCAAAUGAUGAGACAUUCCCUAAUGAAAUUGAUGAUAGAAACCCAGCAAUUGCUUGGUCAGAUAUAAACUUUGGUGAAUUGUUAAAGACAACACUCAACAAAGUAAACAGCAGAGUUUAUCAACAAGGUUUGAAAUUAGCAGAGAAUAAAAAGAAAGAUGAAGAGGAAGCUUCAAUUGCUAAAGCUAAAUCUAUGCAAGUUGAUGAUGAGGGUGCAAUGACAGUAAAGAAUGAGGAGAAUAAGGAUAACUCACAUUCUCAAAUCACCUAUGAUAAUCUCAAGAAAGAACAAAGGGAGUGUUUCGUUAUACUUAUCAAAUCCUUCGUUGAAGCUUUAGAAGGUGUUGACAGUAUUGCUGAUUUAAGUAUAGAAGAAUAUAGCAAUAGUGAUUGGGAUAAAUGGCUCUCCUGGUCUUGGUAUCAAGCUUUCUUGAGAGAAUAUUGGCCAUCGAUUUCUGAAGCUGUCGAAACUAUAACGACACUCUCAUUUGAAGAUAUGCCAAACAAAGAACAGGACCCUCGUUGGCAAUUAUGGAAAUCCACUUUGGCUUUAUCUAUCAGAUGUAAUUAA